AUGAUCUUCCCCAAAGACAGACCAGACUGGUCUUCCCCUGGUGAUGAUUUAGCGGCCAAACUGUCCGAUACCUUAGUAGGAGGAAACACUGAGGAUGACUGUGUUAUUACUGGAUACUACCCGGCUGGGAGCGACACGCCACCUGAUCUACAGGACAAAGAUAGAGUGAAUAGCCAACUUAAGAACAGAGGUGUGGAUCCUACGUUCUUAUUGGGAUCUGAAAAGGAGUCCUCAUCAGUCAGUGAUGGCGGAGCAACAUCUGACAUCCCAGACAAGGAGGGACCGUCACGGGGGCCACGGUGUGAUACUUUGGACUUCUUGUUCACACAUUCAGAGGUUGACGAGUCCAACAAGAAAUACCGGGCAUGGUCAGAACUGGAGACUUCAGAGGGCAAAAAUUCAGUAAGUGAAUUAGAGACCUAUAUACCCACUGAUCAGGCGUGGUGGUAUGCACAGAAUGUCAUCGCUACAGGCAGAGACAUAAUUUACAGACCUCUGGUCGAUGAAUGGAAAGAACGGAUGGAUGAAUGGUCCCAGUUGACACGGUUUGUCAAUGAAUCAGAAACACGGAGACUGGUUCCCACAGAGGAGUACCCCACUCACGUGGUAGGUCCAAGUGAUGUACAGCUAUAA